AUGGUCUCUGCAGAGUCCGCUAGGGCUGAGACAGCCCAGUGUCGUGGACCGUAUGUACGCCUGCAAUGGAGUGCAACCAAUGUCCAUGUUGUCUACUUGGAGGCCCUUCGUGACCUCAGUAUGACGGAGAGGUAUGCCUGGGGAGUGGCUGCUUUGGUGCAUAUGUACGACCAUCUGAACGAUGCAUCUAUAAGCCACAACCGACAGCUUGGCGGUUACAUCACACUGCUGCAGUGCUGGAUUUACAAGCACUUUCCGUCAGUCGUGGACUCCACUGCUGAUCAGGAGUACGAUGAGAAUUCUUCGUGUGCGUAUAGGUGGAUUGCGACCAAGAAGACCGUGAAGAGCAUUCGUAUGCCGGUAUACAGGGAGCACCUGGACCGACUCCGGAUUCCGGAUGUCUGUUGGAUCUCGUAUGGGGAGCACCGAUCGGUCCGGGACUUCCACGUUAGAUCAUGCUAUUCCGGUCUCUUGCGCUGGGGGCCUGUUGUUGUUUAUUACCGACCGGAGAGGGUCGUGCGGCAAUUUGGAUACACGCAGACCAUUCCUGCUCCUUCUGUCGAUUCAUGGGUCUCGUAUGAUGAUAUACACGACAGGUGGAUGCACUACGAGGAUCAUAUCGUUCCAGCAGGUGAGGUGUGGGUUGUGCCAGGCCAGUGUUUCAGUGACUACAUGGACUGGUUAUUCCGCAUCUCGCAUCCUUUCAUGAUACCAGGCCAUGCAUUAGAUCCUCUGCCUCAUGGUCACGCCCCGCAGCCCCGAGUCGUCCCUCAGGCCCCGCAGACGAAUAUCCCUUACGUGCCGGAGCCAGGAGCAUCAUCGACAUCUGCGGAGGAGCCUAGACAUGCAGCGGAAGUUUGUGAUGACUUUGCUGAGAGGUUGGAGCGCCAUUUGAGUCAAGGGGUGGUCACGCCAGGCUCAUCGACACAUGAGGUGAUCGAAGAAUGCCUCAAGUUGGCCAGGAGUGUGACACAGGACCAUCUAGUAUAUGUUAGGUCUAGACGCAGGCGGCGCACGGAUCAGGCGUAG